UAACACCACCCGGCACCGGUAAAGGCGGUAACGUCACCGCCUGGUAACAGUGUCAAAAUCUCACCACUCUCAAAGACAAAUGGCGGCAUCUCCUCGUUCACAGGAUCUCUUCCCUUCCCCCCGCCGUCGCCAUGAUCAGAAACCCUUCGAGCGUCGCCGUUAUCGGCAGUGGAAUUUCAGGAGCAGUAUGCGCUUCAAUUCUUGCCCGAGGAGGGGUUUCGGUGACUGUGUUUGAAUCUGGGAGAGGACCCGGAGGGCGAAUGUCUCAAAGAAGAGAAACCACUGAAGAUGGGAAGGAGCUCUUAUUCGAUCAUGGAGCUCCCUAUUUCAGUGUGGAACAUAGUGAUGAGGUGAUGAGUGUCGUCAGCUCAUGGGAAUCUCGAGGACUGGUUGCUGAGUGGAAGGAAAAGUUUGGGUGUUUCGAUCGAUCAACUGCAAAGUUUCUUGAUUUCAAAAAGGAAGGCACAAGUAAAAAAUAUGUGGGUGUUCCUGGCAUGAAUGCAAUAUGUAAAGCUCUGUGCUAUGAACCUGGAGUGGAAGCUAAAUUUGGGACAAUUGUUGCUAAAGUGGAUAUGCUGCAGGACCGGGGUUUAUGGUUGUUGAGUGGUUUGGAUGGACAAGUUUUGGGUCAGUUUGAUGGUAUUGUGGCAACAGACAAGAACAUAUCAUCACCAAGAUUUACAGGGUUAACGGGAAGACUACCACCUCUUGAUAUUUCAUUAUCCCCAGAAUUGGCAGUAAUGAUGCAGGAUAUCCCUGUUCGUUCAUGCUUUGUUGUAAUGCUGGCCUUUUCAGAACCUUUAUCAUCGAUACCUGUGAAAGGAUUUUCUUUCAAGAGCUCAGAGGUUUUAAGCUGGGCUUUCUGUGACAGUAGUAAGCCAGGCCGCAAUCAUAUUCCACCUAAUAGUGAGUGUUGGGUGCUGCACUCAACAGCAGAAUAUGCUGCUAGUGUGAUAGCAAGAACUGGGCUUCGAAAACUUUCAAAUGAGACAUUGGCAAAGGUGGCUCAAGAAUUGUUCCAGGAAUUUCUGGCUUCUGGACUAAAUAUUCCUCAGCCAUUCUUUAUGAAAGCUCACAGAUGGGGAAGUGCUUUUCCUGUUGCUGCAGCUAUAGGCGGAGACGAUAAUUGCUUGUGGGACGAGACGAAGAAGUUAGCGAUUUGUGGCGAUUUUUGUGCGAGCCCCAACGUUGAAGGCGCGAUACUUAGCGGCAUGAGAGCAGCAUCUAAGUUUCUUGGAAGUAUGAGCUCCUUGUGAUUGUGCAUUUACUUGUUUGCAUUGUGUAAUCAGCAUUUGAAUAUACUGUUUUGUGUAUCAAGUUAUGUACUUGUUUGUGUCUAUACGGUGUCUGGUUUCUGAUUGAAGGUGGGCUUUCACGUGCAUUUUAUUGUGGCCCAACUUUGUAUCUCUGGACAAGGUAAGCCCGUUUUGAUGUAGCCCAUGCAGGCACAGUGAGAACAGAAGGAAUACAUACGAAGGGCCCCUACAGAAGAUCA